AGAACCCUUCUACCAGCAUGCAGUUCUCCCAAAAUCUACAUAUUUCAUAUAAAAAACUGAUGUAAAGUUAUUUCCGGGUGUUCUUUAUAUGACUGUCAUACACUCUUUUGACUACUAGCAACAUAUGAUUAAUUAUUACAAAAUAACUUCUAAUGCUCAUAGGUUCUGUUCUACAUAAUCUUGUGCAAGACUAGCUCUAUUUCUCCACCAGUAACAUUUGGCCUUUUCUACUGCUUUGAAAACAAACAUGCAGGCCGGGCAAGAAAAUUGUUUGCAGGUCCCGUCCACUGGAGAGAGAUAUAUCAUCACAUGUAAAUGGGUGUCUAGUUUCAUCGUUUUAAACUAUCGUAGUUUGUGAGGAACGUCCUCAAGCCAGAUAAAUGCAGUAAAAUCAUAAUUCUUUCCCUCAUUUUUGUAUCAAAAUUCCUGACCUAAGUAGCAGCUAAAGUAGGUGAACUUGGUGUGGACAACUUUAUUUCAGUUUCCAAACUCAUUUGCAAUCAUCAUCUUUUUUUUUUUUUUUUUUUUAAUAAAAAAAUCCAAACAUAUGCAAGGAAAGGGGAAAAUGGUGAUAUUUUUCAUCCAAGAUCCUCAGUGGUGCAUGCAAUCUCAAAAAGGUUUGCACAAAGCUCUGCCCGACGUCUACAGCAGUUUAGAACCUAAAGGAGCUGCCAUCUUCUUCUCUACGCACCAAUGCGAGCAACUUAGCACAAUGGUUGGUAGUCGCAGAACUGCACUCCGAACAAAGGCACAUGGAUUGGACCCCUCUAAGAGAAAAGCAUCCAUUAGCAGCGUACGGCCCACUUUGGAACAUUCUUUUGGACUUCUCGAUGUGGAGGUACGCAUUGCGAAGCUAUCCUCACCUCGCGUGUACCAAGGAUAUAUACGCGUGGUUGCACUAAGAAGAGGCAAGGACGUGAUUCUUAGCGCGUUGGAGAGCAUGAGACUCCACCUUUAUACAAAGCUUCUGUUCACAUGAACAAAUGCCAAGGUUUUCUGGUGUGACGCAACUUGUGUGAUCCAAAAUCAGGCACCCAAAAGUGCUGCAUGAGUUAAGUGACGGUGCUCACUGCAUGCUCAGAGCCUUUACUAGUGGGUAAUUGGUAGCUGGUGUGAAAGAGUUUCAGAUGACACUCUCCAAGAUAAGGAACAGUUGGCCAUGGAAUGUAGGUACCGAGAAGAAGGAUAAUAAUAUAUAGUUCCACGGAUUGUGCAGGCCAGAGGAAGCGCAACAAUGGGAAGAAUGUUGUCGGCCGGGUCACUCCAAUAGGGGCACAAACCUUACCCCUUCCCAUGUGCUUCCAACCACUCCCAAAACGCGGAUUCGGACCCCCCAACCCCUAUAAAUAUCCGCAACACUUCUUCCUUCAUUCCAUGACACGUCCCUUCAUGGCUACUACUAGCACUGGAAGAGUUAUUACGGUGGGACUCUUAGUGCUGCUGGUUGCGACGCUAUGCUCAGCCACUAGAGCCCUGUUGAAUCUAGAGGCAGGAACUUAUGGCGCUGGCCACGGCAUUGGUAGCGGUGGCGGUGCCGGCUAUGGAGCCGGAGGUGGAGUCGCGGAGGGUGGGGGUUAUGGUGGUGGAGGGGGUGGUGGAUCCGGUUCCGGCUAUGGUGCAGCUGGAGAGCAUGGAUCAGUUGGUUAUGGGAGUGGUGGUGGAAGUGGCGGCAGAGCUGGGUAUGGAGUAGGGGAGUAUGGUGGUGGUUCUGGUGGUGGUAGUGGAGGAGGCGGUGGUUAUGGUGCCGCCGGAGGAGAUCACGGAAUUGGCUAUGGAAGUGGAGGUGGUAGCGGCAGUGGAGGUGGGUACGGUUCUGGUGGAGACCACGGUGGCGGCGGCGGUGGAGGUAGUGGUGGUGGUGGCGGCUUUGGUGCUGGAGGAGAACAGGGUGGAGGCUAUGGUGCGGGCGGGGGAUCUGGUGGUGGUGCAGGGUAUGGAGCUGGGGGAUCUGACGGUGGUGGUGGAAGUGGCGGUGGGGGUGGAUAUGGCGGUGGAGCUGGGGCAGGGCAUGGCGGUGGUUAUGGGAGUGGUGGUGGAGCUGGAGGUGGUGAGGGCUAUGGCGAUGGAGGAGAGCAUGGCGGCGGGUACGGUGGCGGAGGAGGGAGUGGUGGUGGUGGAGGUGCUGGUUAUGGAGGGGCUGGAGGGCAUGGAGGUGGUGGUGGAGGUGGGAGUGGUGCCGGAGGUGGGUAUGCCGGAGUGCAUUGUGGCUACGUCCCAUGAGGGUGUGACCUUCCAACAGUACUAGAAAGGGUCCUCUCUUCUUCAAUCAUCAAUAGUAUAAAAUAAGUGUGGUUAUGGGUGGCCUGUGGUAAGCGUGCACGUUUGGAAGUUCAGUGCAUUAGCAGUGAUCUUGGAAUCGAUAGUUUCGUGUUGAGGCCAAGCUUAGUUGACUGUAAUCUAAGUAGAUAAUAUUCUUAGAAUAAAAGAUGGUAUGCUUAUUUUCUA